AUGAAGUGUUGGACAGUUCUAGCCUUGACAGUCUCUGCUGUCUUACUUGGUGUUGGAUAUGCUGAAGAAACUACAGCGCUUGACGAUUUUGAAAAACAACUUAAUAGUGACAGUGAAAAUGAUGGGAAAUUGUAAGUCGUACUGUUUGGUUUCUCUAUAAUGAUUUACGUUAUUUAUUGACAUGCAUUAUUUCCCUAUACGUAUUCAGUUUAUGGCGCCAUUUGUGCUGUUGCAUGAAGGGAUUAGUAUGUGUCAUUCAUACCUGCAGUUGGGGUUCGAAUCAUGCAAUACGCAGUUAUCUGAUUAUAAAUUUUGACUCCGUUGCAUGUGAGAAGAAUGCUUCCAGUUUGACUCCGUUAAAACAUCACAGCUUUUCUCUGCUUUCUCUCUGUUUCUUUAAACACCGUAUACCAAUAAGAGAUGGAUUUCUAGGAAAAACAGUUAAGAACUGACACGAGAUGAUCAGCAACUGGGCUUUCUAUACUCAGUGGUUAAGAACGCUGUACCAGCUAGCAUCGUGGGGCAAAAUUUUUCGCAGCUGCUCCCCGUUAGGUCUAAAAUUUGAUAUAAAUUUUCGUUCCAACUUUUCGUCUACAAAAGCCCGUCUACAUGCAUAAAUGAAGUCAGUUUAACUAGUUAAAAGAAUAUUUUAUGAUUAUUUUAACAGCCAAGCUAUUUUAUUUAUGCAGGGCAGAUUCAUUCAUGAAUCCAGAAAAUGAUGAUGAAGAUGAUGACGACAACUCGUAAGUAAAAACCAGGUGAUCUUGUGUUCGUAUUUUAGCCAAUCAGCGCUCAGAAAGGGUUGUCCGAAUAGAAAUCCAUUUUGAUGUAUUAGUCAAUUAUAUCUUUCGUUAUUCUUUAUGAAACUAGUUGAAAUUUUGUAAUUAUGUUUGGUUAUGAGAACUCUAGCUCUGACAAAAAUAUGGAAUCGAAAUAAAGUAUAUUACAGGAGAUAUUCAGUUGUUUUAAUCAUAAAAUGGAUUUCUAUUUGACAACUAGUGCCAGUACUUUUCCGCGUAUCAAGAUCAUUUGGAAGUUUUCAAAGAGAUUUUUAUCUAUUCAACGUAUUGUCCAAUAAUAAGUCGUCUAAUUUUGUAUGAUGUGAUUGUUUAAAUUUGCAUGCAGUCUUGCAGAGCUUUUACACUCAUGAUUUUAUGACCACCUGCUCGAUUAAUUAUUCCAAUUAAAGGUUAUUUUCAGAUAGGCAACCAAUCUCGUUCCCCGAGCAUGCCCGUUCGCAGGUUAAGGGUGGGCAUAGCUCUGGAGAAAUCGAAUUGAUUCACGUUGAAUUUCCAACGUGAGUUCUGCGCAUGCUCGGCAAUGUUGCAAAAUAUAAAUAAAGUAUUUAAUAGAAUUUCCGAUUUCGCGUCGAAAAUUUGAUACAUUUUACACUGAAAUCGAAUUGAAAACAACUAAAAAUUCUGGGGGAAAUAUGUACGAAAGCUUCGGUUGGAUAGGGAUACAGCUACCUGAAAAAUACAAGGAGAACUUCGACGUUUCGAGCGAAGCUUCGAUAUGUACUGUUAGUGUUUGUAUACAUCGUACUAAUUGCUGAUAAAUAAUAAUCUCCUCAAUAAUAAGUAUUAUAUAUUUUUAUGCUUUAAAAUUUACAUUUAUAUAACUCUCCUGUUAGAAUUUAUGGCAUACGUAGUGAUAGCCUGUUAGGUAUGACAGUAUAUAAAAGGUCAAGUACGAUGUAUACAAACACUAUAAACAGCACAAGUCGAAGCGCCUUCGCUCGAAACGUCGAAGUUCUCCUUGUAUUUUUUAGGUAGUUGUAUCCCUAUGAAUCCGCAGCUUUCGCACAUAUUUCCUCCAGAAUUUCUAGUUGUUUUCAAUCGAUUUCAGUGUAAAAAGUAUCAAAUUUUCGAUGAGAAAUUCCAAAUACUUUGUUUAUAUAGACCUCACGUUGGAAAUCCAACGUACUAUCUGCCGUUAGCCAAUCACAGGCCUGAAUCAAUUCGAUUUCUCCAGAGCUAUGCCCACCCUUAACCUGCGAACGGGCAUGCUCGGGGAACGAGAUUGAUAGGCAACCGUACUUUUAUUACGUUUGUUUCCUGCUUUUUGAAGUUUUUGUAAUUUUAUAAGGCAACAAUAAAAGUUUUGUAUCUUGUAUCUUUGUAUCCCAAAAUGACUUGUUCCUGUUGCUGAAGUAAAAAUUGGUGAAAUCCAAAAUAUACACACCGUGAUGAAUCAUUCCAUACCAAAGUAAACCAUGGACCAUCCAACAUAUAUAUUAUACCACUAUAUACCAUACCAAAUCAUACCAUACCAUACCAUACCAUACCAUACCAUACCAUACCAUACCAUACCAUACCAUACCAUACAACAGUACACUAAUAUAAACACUUAUACACCUAAAAUUUAUUAUAUAUAGGUAAUUUUACUAUUAAUGCUAAAAGCUUUACUUUUAAGACAAUUAAAGCACUAGUUCAUGUGAACACAAUAAUAUACUUCUUUCAAUUCAGAGAGAACGCCUUGGACAAUGUAAAUGAGACCCCAUCAAACGACGAAGAUAAACUUAAAAUGUUCAAACGUACACCAGGGCGUCGCAGACGUCGUCGUAGACGACGUCGUCGUCGCCGCUUUCUACGUAUCCGUGUUCGUGGGAGAAGAAUCAAGGAACGUGUUAAAAAAAUUGGGAAAGGUCUGAAGAAAGUUUGUAAAUUGGUGAAAAAUGUUAAAAACAAAAGUAAGUGCUGGCACAAGGAGUUAGGCAGUUUUCCACUAGGCGAAUUUGUUUGCGCGAAUCAAUUCGCCUAUUGGAAAACUAGCUUAAAAGGGAGACAGAAGUGGUGGUUAGAGGGCUACCCUUCACUACUGAGUUUAGCCUGCCACCUGAAGGUAUUGAAUUUUGAAGGUAUUGACUAUUGAACUGGAAAAGUGCGACCUUUUAAAGUGGUCCAACCCCAGAAAACCUUUGUAUUUUUAAGCCUCUGGAGCUCGAUUAAUCUGCACUAUAUUUUCUGCACUAUAUUCCAACCGAUAGCAAAGCGUUGGUCACAGAAAUAAUAAAAUACUCUUAUUAAGUUAAUUAUUAAUGCAUUUCAUUUAGUUUAUAUUUGGAAAAAAAGGGAUCUUCGCUGGGGGGGGAGGGGGCAACAAGAGGCCUUGUCGAUGAAGUGGGGUGCACUCAGCAUGUUAAACUGCCAGUACCUUGACCUGUGGGCUCUUAGGAGGCUCCCUACAGUUUCCAAUAUAUGUCAGUGUUUUAAACUAAAACCUAUUUAAUUAAUUUGAGUCUAAUAAAAAACACUAUUUUUUUGCACAAGCCAUUGUUUCCUCUUAUAUAAAAGAGUAAUUUUAACCCACAAUCGCUACUCUUCACCUUACCAUGACAACAUGACGUCACCAUCUAUAUGGCCUAUAUCGUCCACAAAAGCCGUCUUAGCGGACAAAUAACCACGGUGACUUACCUCAGUUUUAUAUUGCGGAAAAUACAGUGUUAUGAAGUUUUGAAUUUUGAAAGUUAUAUGAAAAUCGCCAGUGUAGUUUUCGAGACUGAAACUGAAUUUCAGCCUUUAAGAUUGCAUUUUAGCCUUAUAAAACGGUCCGUCAUGGAAUGUCAGUGUGCCAAUGUUGAAAUUUCGUCUCUCUCCAAGGUUAAUCAUAGCUAUGGCUAUGUGCAACUUUUAAUUUGCUUUAAUUUUUUCUAGCUGUGAAAAACGUUUGCAGCUCCGUCAAUAUACUUGGAGAUGAAGGUAUGUGCGGAAAACUGAUGAAAUAUGUGUGCACAAACUGUCAGUAAACAAGGCAAUUCGGACAAUUUGGGUAGCUCUAUCGGUGUAGUCUAUAAAGCUCCCCUUAAAGGCCCAGUAAAGGUAAUUUCUCAUUGGUCCAAUGUUACUACAUGCAGCCGGAAACUGCGCACUAACCACUGUGUCAUCAUCAACAGCCCCCGCACAACACCUAAACCAACAUAGUCAUAGAUUCAUUAUAUGUAUAUUUUUAUUUAUGUCAGAAUUCCCGAAGCUGACAAACGACGAAACGUUUAUCCAAGCCGACGAAUUAGAAGACGAAAGCUGGCUGAAGGAAGAACGCAGCGAUAACCAUAACCCUUAAAAUAAUCGUGUAACAGAAUGAUGUAUAAUCACAUACUAUUAAGUAUUAUUGAUGUAAUAAGACUGAUCCAAAACUUUAAUCUUUAUGCAUGUACUUUCAUAAUUUCACGCUUUUUGAAUAAAUCCUAC